AUGGCUUCUUUGUUGUCCUCAUAUGAUGAAGAAGAAUCAGCAGCAAGAGCAUAUGAUUUGGCUGCAAUCAAGUAUUGGGGACCGACAACUUUCACAAAUUUCCCGGUAUCUGACUAUGAGACUGAGAUUGAGAUAAUGCAGAACAUAACAAAAGAGGAGUACUUGGCCUCACUGAGAAGGAGAAGCAGUGGUUUCUCAAGAGGAGUAUCCAAGUACAGAGGAGUUGCAAGGCACCAUCACAAUGGUAGAUGGGAAGCGCGGAUUGGGAGGGUGUUUGGAAACAAAUAUCUCUACCUUGGCACGUACAGCACUCAAGAAGAGGCUGCUAGAGCUUAUGAUAUUGCAGCAAUUGAGUACAGGGGGGUGAAUGCAGUAACAAACUUUGACCUAAGCACAUAUAUCAGAUGGCUAAGACCAGGUGACAAUUCACUUGGCUUUCAGGAUCCAAAGCAAAACAUGGAGUCUCAGCUUCAUACCUCUACUAACCGCAUUCCAAGCGAGGAACCUGAAUAUCCCUUGUAUUCUAGUUCUUACACCAUGGCAGACUUUGCUAUUCCUCCGAAACAAGAAGUUGUUGAAAGGACGAUGCCCCUUACUCCCUGUCCAUGCCCAUGCCCCAAGUCAUCAUCUUCUCCAACUGCACUUGGCCUUCUCCUUAGAUCUUCUAUGUUCAGAGAACUGGUUGAGAAGAACUCAAAUGUCAGUGACGAAGAAACCGAGGAAAAUGACACAAAGAAAAAAUUUCGGCUUGGCACUGAUGAUGAGUUUGGAGGGAUGUUUUAUGCCGGAACUGGCAGUUUACCACCAUAUGUGUGCUCUUCCAAUGGUGAUAAGUUGCCUGGCUUGGAGUCACAGGGGGAGAAUGCGUCUGCAUUGUACAAUCGAACAGCGCAUAAGUCCCUCUGGAAUGAUGCCCUAAACAUGCCUUCUUCCAUGCAUUAA